GUCGAUGUAUCGGGAUGCAUCGAAGUAUCGAGUUGGCAUAAAAGAAUCUGGUCUUCGUGCCGUGUUAUUCAUUCCUUAAUUGCGCCUUGCUUUAAUUUGUGGAUUUGCUGACUUUAUCGUUGGAGUAUUCAGUUCGAGUUUAACGACCACAAUGAAUCGGCAGGCGAAAUUCCUAAUCUUGUGCCUCUUUGUGGGCCUCUUCUCCGCGAAUUUGUGCGACGAAGUGACCACACCGUCUCCAGCGAACAGCACCACCCAGGAUUCCAAGAACACCACCACUCCGCCGGACACCACCACCACUGUGACGCCACCGUCGACCUCAACAGCGAGCACCACAACUGAGAAGACCACGGCGACGCCACCAAUUACCACAUCGACUGAGAAGACCACGACUACUCCAGCCAGCACCACCACCACCAGCAGCACCACUCCGGCCAGCACCACCACCACCAGCAGCACCACUCCGGCAACGACCACCACCACGUCUGGAACUACAACUACGACCACUCCGUCUCCGAACUCGACCACAACUACGCCGCCGCCACACACAUCAACCACGCCGGCGCCGAAGCCCGUGCCCUGCGGCCAUUUCGAUGGAUCCUCGUUCAUUGGCGGGAUUGUGCUGACUCUGGGCCUGCUGGCCAUCGGCUUGGUGGCCUACAAGUUCUACAAGGCCCGCAACGAGCGCAACUACCACACCCUUUGAGCCGCCACCGCCUUUACGUCGGCCUUCAAUGCGGCAGCCGGAGCUGCGGCGGCCAGCAGCAGUGCCGCAUCCACGGAUGCGGAGCGCGUGCGGUUUGUCCAGCCUUCGAUACCGCUAAGGUCGCCGCCAACGCAGCCGCCACCACCACCGCCCGCCCACAUGGGUGGCAGUGGUGGUGGUGCGGCUGCAGCUCCACAAAACUGCUCGCCAUCGGCCCGAGAUCGGUUGCUGCACACGUAAUUUAAACGCGGGGAGCCACACCAUAUUACCCAAUAUAAUUAAUAUCCAAAGAGAUGCCCUAUACCCCGAUUCCCCAACAAAACACACACACAGAGAUACAAACGGCAGUCAAGUAAAGUCAGUUCUUAAAUUGAAACGAUAACCCCCUGAGCGGAUUUAAUGCGGGCCCAGAUAGUAGGAGCAGGCUCUACAUUCUUGAAUCACUUCCCUUAUCUCAGUCAUACAGAAAAUGUGAAAACAAAGCAAAUAUUUUUCCUUCAAUGCAUUGCAUCCAAUAUGUAAGGGUACGUUUAUCAGCAACUUGAGCGGAUGUUCAACGCCUUAUAAGAGGAGUCCGAGGAGCCUGUCACAGGGUCUUCCCAGGGCGACCAUGAACCGAGAAAUGAGUUAUGAGAUCGAAACGAAACGAGACGAGAGGAGUAAACACAAAUAACAGCAAAUAUGUGAGACUGCUUGAUAGCGAGAAAGUGAAGAGAUCAGAAAGUGGAAAGCGGCUGGCGACGGCUUUGUUUCUGUAAUUCAUAGGGAGCUAACGAAAAGGAAAUAUAAAUUUUUAUUAUAUUUACACAAUUUUUGAAUAACUAAAAUCUAUUCAUUCUAGGAACUAAGAAUACAUAUGUACUACCUAAAACCGAGCUAAACACAA